GCCGACUGGGACUGCCGUCCAUAGAUUCUUCGACGACACAUUGAGUCCGGGAGGCCGUUUCUAUUUCGAAGUCGAAGUCGUCAACAUCGUUGAGGGAGGACAAAUUGUUAUUGGUUUGAUGCCUUUCCACGACAAUGCCCGCGGCUUGACGCCGAUAGGAUCGACGCGGAAUUCCAUAGGACUGAAUCUCAAUGGAGGAGUACUGUUCCACAGCCCGGAAAGUUUUCAUUACGGUCCGCGUUGCCGAAAUCGUGAUAUCGUCGGAGUCGGAGUGAGAUUCACUCCCAAACAAGGCAACAACGUAACAGUAUUUUUCACUCACAACGGGGUGGAAUUCGGCAGCCGCAGUCUCGUCCUCAGUGGUCAGCUUUUCGUGCCCGCCGUUAGCUUGAACUCUCCCGGAGAACGCGUCCGAUUUCGAUUUGAUGCGGUGUGGCCUCGCAUGAGUCACAGUCUCGAAGAAGACAUGCAGUGCGACCACCUCGACGACGCCUGGGCUCGUUUGAGUGACGUGAUCCUCAACGGGGAUGUCAUCGAAUACGCCGGCUCCGGGGCGACUCAUCAGGACGUUGGCUUCGCGCAGGCUGCUCAGCCACUUUCCCCCUCGGCACAUUACUUUGAACUAGAAAUCUUGGAAGCGGGGGAGGGCUGUUUCAUCGCCAUCGGAGUCGCUCAUAAACAAUAUUCCAUCAAACAGCACCCAGGAUGGAGAAAAGGCUCAAUCGCAUAUCAUGCCGAUGACGGCCAGAUUUUCAUAGAAAAUGGCCAAGGGGAAGAUCGAGGCCCUGUGUGUGAGAAAGGUGAUCGCAUGGGCUGCGGGAUCCUAUUCCCGAUAAACCUAGAAGGAGCCGGAUUAGCGGCAUUUGAGGAUUCGUUGGCCGACCGUUCCGCGGUUCCGGAGAGGAAACAGUUGAAUGAUCAGAAACUCCGACAUCUGAACUAUCCCCGUCAAAGGCAGCACAACCGAGACUUAUGGGCUAUGUCACGAGUUGAAAUCGAUGACUACAUUCCCCAGGAACAGCUUGACUGCGGUGUAUCAGUGAAAGUGUUUUUCACGAAGAACGGUCAGAUCGUAUGUACCAGGGAGAUGGCCUUACCUCCGGGUGGCUUCUACCCUACGGUCGGCUUGUUGAGCCGAGGUGAAAAGGUUCGCGUUGACAUGCAACCUCUUUCCGGAUGAAUGGAAGGAAUGUUAUCCAUUCGAAACUUCCGCGACAAUCUGAUCGGGCUGGGAUUUUCCUCGUUAGAUAUUUCUUCGGUGCUUGUUACUCUAUGAAUAUCUGGUUGACAGCUUGAAUCCCAAUCGAAAAGAACCCUGUCAUCGAAGUGAAACUCCUCCCUUAAUUUAUUUUAUCACCUACACUAUGUCGGAGUCGAAUAUCCGAACGGCUCGGCGAAUUUUAAGAGGAGAACGCAAGAUGACGAUGACGACGCUGUUUCGUAUCAGCCGGUGACAUUGUCAAUCAGUCGUCCAGCCUAUCUACCAGAAGAGGCGAGAGGAAAGCAAUGUGUAUAUAUUACAUGAAACAUAAAUGUCAUAUAUACAUGAAACCCGACGGGAGAAAGAAUCGAUCGGGAGAGCAGAAAAGACGAAGUCUCGAACCGACAUGAUUGUUCGCAGUCGAUCAAGGUAAUAAGUCAGCUUUUUUGGCCGAUGUGAUCAUCUUAGGUAGUGUGUCAUCGUACAAUAUGCACCUGUUUGAGGACUCGUGUCGGAUGGGGACUGGCCUAAGGUUUAGGCUAACCAGGAGAAGGAUAAGAAAGUCAACGAAGUUCGGUUCGAUGUACACACGGAGUUGACGAAGAAAAUGAGAUAAAUCUAUUCCAGUUGAACAUUGUAACAGAGCCUCACAACCUUCCUAAUAUCAAGCCGAGACCCGCAAUGGAUGAUUGCGGAAAAGCACAACUUAGCGAGACGAGACCUCGGAACAUAGAUAUAUCAGAUACAGGUAGCGAAGCAUCCAAGAGCUUGAAGAAGACGGGAGAGUGAAAAUAAAGUUUAAUUUCCGAAGAA